AUGAACUUCUUAAACCGUCAUGGCACUUGGGUCGACGGCAACUGGCCUCGCCUGAAGGCGCUGUUGGAACACGCCAAGGACUUCAAGAUACCUCCGAGUGGUUGGAAAACUCAGAUCCUGGUCAACGCAAUUGAUGACUUCGGAGCACAAUUUGGACCUUACACCUUCGAGGACGAGGGCAGUCCAGACGACGGCGACUCCAAGGAGGAUGACAGGUCUGGGAACCGUGACGGCAGCAAGAACAAGCCUCUGGAUCUCUCGCACGAUUCGUCAAGUCUGCAGCAGACGCCCAAGAAACUCCAGGCGUCGGGCAAGUCUCGAUCUCAGGGUCCGGUUCAGCUUCGCCCCUCGACGUACGCGAGUCUCUGGACGUGA